AAGCUCAUAUGAUUCGUCGGAGGUGGACUCUUUCAUUCGGGGCACAUGGGUGAACGGCUUUGGUCCUCCCUACCACCUACUUGAGUGUUCUGAGCUGCAUAGCGCUGAUCGGAGCACCUCUGUGCUGUCCUACUUAGUCAUCCCUCCAAGAACCAACUUACAACCCCGCCCAAGCUUGGACAAAAUGGCAGGCCGGCGCUUCUUCCCUGUGGCUUUUAGCCUCUUCUGCUUCUUUCUUGGGGCACUGCCAAGUGGACUCUCUGCUCAGGGCCUUGUUGCGGUCCCGUCCACAAUGACCCACAAGCUGGGCGCUUACUACAUCAGCGCGCUUGGGAAGGACCUCACUUUCUACCAGCUACUGAACGGGCGCCACCAACGAGGGACCAACGCAUACAACCUUGUCAAUGGCAUCGGGGACAGCGCAGAUCCCAUCCGAGCCGCCAAAGAAACCUCGCCGGUCCGAGGCUACUACAAGAGCUGGAGCAUCGGGGGCCGGGUCAUUGUCGAUGUCUUCUACAAGCUCGUGCGAUGCCCGGGCGGAGACCCUUCCAACUGCUUGGCCUUUGAGCGUAUCAUCCCUGUCAAUGCCCCUCGCCUUUCUGGCGCUCCAGUUAUUCCCACAGUGCUGAAGCAGAGUUUUGGGGUUCGCGGCCUGUGGCUCCUGAAUGCCAACCAGGCUGCGGCCAACACCGUACUCAAGCAGCCGGCAAGUGAGGAGAAGUUAUAUGUGGACGACGUUUUUGACUCUGGAAGAAUCUACUACAAGGUAGCGCCCCCGCCGCCCCCUUGCAGGUCUGCCUACCCCCAAACCUACCUCUAUUCCAUUGGGGAGUUCUUCGACCGUCCGCAGUUCAACUGCGUACUUUUUGGGGGUGUCUAUAUCAUGAUGACCACUACUGAUGAAGCAGGCUACACCGCAAUGCAGCAGUAUGGGACCUCGCCAGAAAACUGCGACGGGUCCCUUGCGCUGCUGUUCAACCUCAUUGCUCCUCAGAGAGGUUUCCCUUCCUCAGGCCCACAGAUUGUGUACCUUGCCCGGCGGCCAGGAUCAGUUCCAUUCACCCUUCAGCUAGCCUUCCCCUACACGCUCGAUUGCGAACAGCUGCCUCGUAACGUGUCCCUCCUUCUUCAAGCUGCCACCAUCCUUGCUCAAGAGGGCAACGGAGUUGAUGUCACCAAGAGCAGGGUAGGCAAAAACCUGGCCAUACCCGAACCCAUCACCUCCCUCGGUUUUGCCAACGCCUGCACUCCUGUGUAUGUGGCAUACUACGGUGCCGCCGUCUGGGGACAGACGAAUGGGAUUCCAGAGACCAGUUCUGACAGCACCUUUCUAGAGACUCUCAUCAGAACCAACGCGGGCGACACGUGCAUUGCGGCCCCCUCAGUGAAUGGUGGAUUCUCGGGGCGGGACUAUUUUGAGGACGCGUGUGCUCAGCUCUAUUUUGGGAACGCAACGCAGCAGCGGGAGGGGGUGGUGACUAUGUUGCAGCUCGGUCCGACAGCUGUACCAGAUCAGGUGGCAUUUAAUGCGGCGGUCAGUCGAUGCGUCGGCAAAGGUGUAUACACGCUUCCCAUCCAAGGUAUCCUUCCUCAGAUUGCGAUCGACUUUGACGCCACUAAAGCGUCCCUCCUCGCUUCCACCGAAGUCAAGGUCCACCUCGACUCGGUCGCCGCAAACGCCGCCUCCGUGGUGGCCCUCGAAAUUGCCCUCGCCUCCUGCGGGGCGUUCGUCACGAGGACGAUCGCCCGCUCUAGUUACUACCGCACGCGGCGCCUGUCCAACUUCACGGCGCGCCUGCUGGCGUGUCUCGCCACCCUAGUUGCGGUGACCGUUCUCAACGUGCCGAAUUUCGCGCUGAUCGACCGGUCACUGAGCAACCAUCGCGCGCGGCGCGUUUUCGCCGCCGCGAGCUCGGCGCAAUACAAGCCGAGCAACUGCUCGGCCGUCCUCCUCUCCGAGACGCACGCCUUCGUGACCGUCGAGGGCUCGUCGGCGACCGCGGUGAUCGGCGUCGCGCUCUACGUCCUCGCCGCGUGCUACGCGGUGUGGGACACGUGGGCGCUCUUCGGUGACGUCAUCAGGGGCAGCGCUGACGCACGGCGCUGCCUGGGCAACGCGACCGUGGAGGACGGGCGGCGCAUCACGGUCGAGUGGAGGGAAACGGACGGCAGGUUGCACGACCUGCUCAACCCCGCGGCUGUCCUGAAAGCGGGCGAAAUGGCUGACUACGAGCUGCGCAGCGCCAGGUUGCGCGCAACAAUAUGUGGCCGGAGAAGCGGGACUCCCCCCGGGCGGCGUUUCCGAGCUCCGGAGCCUAAGCAUUUGCUGGCGGUCUGGAUUUCACGCGCUGCUCGCCGUUUUCACAAAUACCAGUGCAAAGUGGGUCGUAGCAGGAUCCUCGAUUGUGGCGUGAAAUUACCCUUAAUGCAGCGAGGUCGAUAGGGCUCCUUGAGAAAGUGAAGAGGUGCCAAGUAAACAUUCGGUGGACAAUGAGCAUACUGAAGCCAAUCUUGAUCAUUACGGAUCCUGUUGAGAAGUUGUUGAACAUGUGGUGACACUGUCGACCAGUUUUCAGAGUAGCGGCACAUAUUGGACGGUCAAAAGUCUUCCAACUAUUUGGUAUGUAAGGUUAUGGGUCCCCAGAGCAGCAUACACGUCCGCUGGCAGUGAUCUGGCAGCAGCAAACGUCAAGUACGGUCAUGAAAGUAACAUGUGAGAGGAUACGCGGGGC